AUGAAUAAGCAAGUGAAUGUGUAUGCUAUCCCAGACCUUCAUACAGCAAUCGAUGAAGCCUUACCAAGUGUUUUCUCUAGGCUAGGUUAUAAUGAUAACUAUAGGUUGAUCGAUAUGAAACUGGCAAUCGGUUAUUCCAUUGCAGCAGUCGCAGGCAUUAGCUUCAUUUUAGAUAGGAAGUUCAAGUGGGAGGAGGUGUUAAUAUAUCAGAAGUUCUUAGUUGGUCUGUAUGCUAUAUUAUCAGCAAUCUUCUGGGUGUUUAUGAACUUCGUAGAACGUGGUGUUGUUUACCAGGGCGAUAAUAAUGAGGAAAGUAUUAUUAUAAAGACUGAAUUCAAGAAAAAUGAACCAAUAUGUGAAGUUACCUUCAUAGAUGGUAAUGGGAAAGAGAUGGUUUCAAACUUGGCGGCUGUUAAUGUAUUCAAUGAGUAUGGAUAUCUUCAAUUCAACGCCUUGUUCAGCUGGUUCGAAGAACAGGUGAAGUUGUUGAAGAGUAAGAAGGAAUGA